AUGUCCGGCAUCCCCAAUCUCCCAGUGACAUACGAUGAUCUCCCCGACAAGCGUCGCUUCUGGCCUGGAGCCCCAGGCUCGGCGGAAGAAGGUCUUGGAAUGCUCCGAAUUCUCACUCCAAAAAUAGUCGCACAGGCUGCACAGUCCCAAAUUCAGACCGGCGAGCGAGUAUGCCUAAACUGGAAUAUGGAGAAUCUAAGCCCACCAGGAUUCGGCCGCAAACCAUUCGAACACCGUGUAAAAUGGGUCACAGAGGGCGUUGCAUUCGACGACGAGUACCACUUCAACCCACAACAAUCAUCCCAGUGGGACGGACUGCGACACCACAACGCACCAGCGCCAACACCCGAAAACGAAGACCGACGCGUGUUCUAUGGCGGCACAACGGCCGCUGAAAUCCAAGAUGAGAACUCAUCGCGCAUUGGAAUCGGGCACUGGGCAAAGAAAGGCAUAGCCGGUCGCGGCGUGUUAAUCGACUACGUCUCAUACGCGAAGAAAAAGGGCAUCAGUAUUAACGCGCUUACACGCCAGAUGAUCUCGCUGGACGAAGUCCUGGAGAUAGCACGCGACAGCAACAUCGAGUUUCAGAAGGGGGAUAUCUUCUUUUUGCGAGUUGGAUUGCCGGGGACGUGGGAGGGUAUGUCGGGCGAAGAGCGAUUGGCAUAUUCUCAGCAGGGGAUGCCACAGCAUGCGGGGAUUGAGCAAAGUGAGCGGGUCCUGAGGUUCAUCUGGGAUAAUCACUUUGCGGCGGUUGCUUCUGAUGCAGUUAGUUUUGAGGUUUUUCCUCCUCUUAACCCUGACUUUGAUUUGCAUCAUCAUCUGCUGGCUGGGUGGGGUGUUCCUAUUGGAGAGAUGUUUGACUUGGAGGAAUUGGCUGCGACGUGUGAGCGUUUGGGUCGCUGGAGUUUCUUUAUUUCGAGUAGUCCGUUGAAUUGCUCUAGGGGGUGUGUCUAG